UCCUGAAAAUGUUCUUCCUCUUUGCUAUCCCAGGCAGAGGAGAAAUCUAAGGAGACAGAAGUGUGCAGCUCAGAGCUAACUCUGCACUCUGAAAGCCCACCCUGUGCUCGAACACCACCCCCCAACCUCCUGUCAGCAUCACAGCACAAGGCUGCUUCCAGGACUCCAGGACCAGGGAGAAGGAAGACUGACGAACACAGAACAUGCCUUUGCCUGCCUCUCCCCUCCACCUCUCUUCCCCCAAUGCCAUCCACUGGCAGGUGUCCUGGGGCUUACAAAGUGGGUUCUGAAUGCUGAACAGCAGUUUACCAGUGAACGUCCUCAAGGCCCUCCCAGCCAAGAUUGAGAUGACCAGUGCAGCAGCCAAGGCCAGUGCUGUGGACCAGCUCGGGGGAACAAAGAUUGCUGAUAGUAUCCCGAAGCAGCUGGCCCAGAUCUUGGAGUUAAUGACAAAGGAGCAGCUGAAGGAGUUGCAGCACCAGUUACCUGACCAGGAUCUCUGCAAGCAGUCUCCUGCUGUGACCACAACUCAGUCACAAAAGGCAGAUAGCAUGGAGGUGGCCUCACACCUGCUGGCUCAAUACAGGGAGCAGCAGGCCUGGGACCUGGUCCUGCAGACUAGGAAGCAGAUAGGCCUGGGCGAGCUGUUAGCCCUGGAAGAGUCAUCCUCACAGUCAGGAAUCACAGAAAAAUUCCAGAAGCAAAAGAGAGAGAAUCCCUACCCCACACAGUCAUGGAAAAAUGAGGAUAUCCAACAAAAAGUCACACAACUGCUACUUCUACACAGAUCUAAACCCAGAGGAUAUUAUCUACCACUCUUGUUGAUGAAACAUGAGGUGAUAGAGAAUCAAAAACAUUUGACUGAGGUCGGAGACCUAUUUGGCCCAGACCCAGGUACUCAGCAAGAGCCUUCCACAGUCAUACUGCAUGUGGAAGGGUCUGCUGGAAUUGCAAAGUCAACCCUGGCCAGGCAGGUGAGGAGAGCCUGGGAGGAAGGCAGGCUGUACAGGGACCACUUCCAGCAUGUCUCCUACUUCAACUGCAGAGACCUGGCCCAGUCCAGGACAAUGAGUCCUGAGCUCAUCUCAAAAGACUGGGCUGGCCCUGCAGCUCCCAUUGGACAGAUCCUGUCUCAGCCAGAACAGCUGUUCUUCAUUCUUGAUAACUUGGAUGAACCAAAAUGGGACUUGAAGCAGCACAGUUCCUAGUUCUGUCUGCACUGGAGCCAGCAGCAGCAGGUGCGCACAAUGCUGAGCAGUUUGCUAAAGAAAACCUUACUUCCUGGGGCUUCCCUGCUAAUCACAGCUUGGAUCACAGCUCGGAUCACAGCUCUGAGGAAGUUCAUUCCUUCUUUAAAGCAGCCACGCUGGGUGGAGGUCCUGGGAUUCUCUGAGUCAGCCAGGAGGGACUAUUUCUACACAUACUUCACAAAUGAAAGCCAAGCAAUUAAAGCCUUCAGCUCAGUCAAAUCAAUACUGGCACUCUUGACCAUGUGUGUCAUGCCCUUGGUGUCCUAGCUGGUCUACACUUUCCUGAAGCAGCAGAUGGAUCAGGGACCAGAACUGUCACUGACCUGCCAGAUGACCACUGUGCUCUGUCUGUGCUACUUUUUCCACAUUCUCUGAGCUCAGUCCUUCAGGACUAAGCUAUGGGACUUCUGCUCUCUGGCUGCUAAGGGCACCAGGCAAGGAAAGAUCCUGUUGAACCCAGAGGACCUCAAAAAAAAUUGUACUGAAACAACAAUUUAAAUAAAAUUUAAAAAAAUGGGUGUUCUUCAGAAGCACCCCUCCUCUCUGAGCUACAGCUUCAUUCACCUGUGUUUCCAGGGGUUCUUUGCAGCAAUGUCCUGUGCUUUAGGGGAUGAGUUAAUAAACAUCAGAAAUAAGAUGGAGUUCAUAGGAGAAUACGGGAUAGUUCUUGUGUUUGGGGAACCAAGCACAUGUUUUUUAUUUGGCCUUUUGAGUGAGCAGGGGAUAAGAGAGCUGGAGAGUAUCUUCAAAUGCCAGCUGUCUUGGGAGAGGCAUCACAAGCUGCUACAAUUGGCCAAGAAAGAGGUCAACCACACACAGCAGAACCUAGAGCCAUAUUGUUGGCACUUGCUCCAGUCCUUUUAUGAGUUUCGGGAUGCAAGUUUUCUGAUGAAAGUGAUACCCGGUUUCCCUGAAAUGAGGAUAUGUGUCCAAACUGACUUGGAGCUCCUGGUGUUCACUUUCUGCAUUAAAUUCAGCCCGCUCAUGAAGAGGCUGCAACUGAAUGAGGGUGGACCGCACAGAGAAGCACAAAGGCCUUCAUAUGUCAUUCUGUCCAGCUUGAGCCCAUUUACAGAUGCCUGGUGGCAGAUUUUCUUCUCCAUUUUCUAUGCUGAUGGGAGCCUGCAGGAGCUGGACCUGAGUGGAAACUUCCUGAGCUGCUCUGUAGUGCACAGUCUCUGUGAGGCCCUGAAAUCUCAUAACUGCCACAUGAAGACCCUGAGGCUGGCUGACUGUGGCCUCACAGCAGAGGGCUGCCAGGACCUGGCCUGUGGGCUGAGCACCAACCGGAGCCUGACCAAGCUGGACCUGAGCUUCAAUGAGCUGCUGGACAUCGGAGCCCAGCACCUCUUCAGGAAGCUGAGAAAGCCCACCUGCAAGCUGCACCGACUGCUGCUGGUCAGAUGUGGCCUCACAUCUGUCUGUUGCCAGGACCUGGCCUCCAUGCUCAGUGACAGCCCCAGCCUGAGAAAGGUGCACCUGAGGCAGAAUGACCUGGGUGACUUCGGUAUGAAGCUGCUCUAUGAAGGGCUUAGGCAGCCCACCUGCCAACUCAGGCUCCUGCGCCUGGACCAGAGCCAGCAGAGUGAGCAGGUGACAGAGAUGCUGAGGUCCCUGAACCUGGAGAAGCCUCAGCUGCCCACAGAAAGGCCUAAAGAUGACUUUUGGGGCCCCACAGGGCCUGUGGCUCCAGACGUGUUUGACAAAGGCAAGAGUCUGUACCGAGUUUGCUUCCCUGUGGCUGGCUCCUACCAUUGGCCCAACACAGGUCUCCACUUUGUGGUGAGGAGGCCAGUGACCAUUGAGGUUGAAUUCUGUGCUUGGAGACAGUUCCUGGACCAGAUUGACCCACAGCACAGCUGGGUGGUGGCAGGGCCUCUGUUUGACAUCAAGGCUGAACCAGGAGCCAUGGCAGCUGUGUACCUCCCUCACUUUGUAGAUCUCCAAGGAAAAAAUAUGGACAUGUCCUGGUUCCAAGUGGCCCACAUGAAAGAGGAGGGGAUAGUCCUGGAGAAGCCAGCCAGGAUGGAGCCCCACUAUGCAGUCUUGGAGAACCCUAGCUUCUCCCCCAUCGGAGUUCUACUGAGAAUUAUCCACGCUGUCCUGCCCAUUCCCAUCACCUCCAAUGUGUUCUACCAUCACCUCCAGCAUGAGGAAGUGACCUUCCACCUCUACCUGAUUCCCAAUGACUGCUCCAUUCGCAAGGCCAUAGAUGAUGAAGAAAAGACCUUCCAGUUUGUGCAACUACACAAGCCGCCUCCGCUGAGCUCACUCUAUGUGGGCUCCCGAUACACUGUGUCUGCUUCACAGGAGAUGGAAGUAAUUUCUCAGGAACUGGAGCUCUGCUAUCAGAGCCCUGUGGAAACCCAGCUUUUCUCUGACUUACAUGUUGGGCAUUUGAGGUCAAAGAUCAGGCUGUACCUAAGACACAAGGAAGAUGGAACUUCCUUGUGGGAGACCUUGGUGAAACCAGGAGACCGCAGACCUGAAGCUACUCUGGUCCCUGCAUUCCAAAUAGAUGCCCCAGCUCAGCUGCACUUUGUGGACCAGCAUUGGGAGCAGUUAGUGGUGCUACUGACUUCAGUGGACUGAGUCCUGUACAAGCUAUAUGGACAGGUGCUGAGUGAUGAGCAGUAUCAGGAGGUACGUGCUAAGCACACCAAUCCAGCCAAGAUGAGGAUGCCGUUCAGCUUCAGGAACUCCUGGGACAAGAACUGCAAACAUAAACUCUAUCAAGCCCUGAAGGAGUCCGACCCUCACCUGGUUAUGGAUGGAUAUCUGGGAGGGAUGGUAAGCAUCCUGAGGACAGGAGCCAUGUCUAAGCAGGUUAUUGCCAGUGCCUAG